AUGAGUCUAGGGGAAGAUGAAAAAACCCCUAAUUCUUUGUUGUUGAUGGAGAAGAUGAAAAUCCUAAUUUCUUUGUCAAGGGAAGGGGGCGAUUUGUUGUUGAAGGAGAAAAUUCAAGGGGGACGAUUUGUUGUUGAAGGAGAAGAUUCAAAGGAAGGGGGCGAUUUGUUGUUGAGGGAGAAAAUUCAAGGGGGACGAUUUGUUGUUGAAGGAGAAGAUUCAAGGGAAGAGGGGUUGUUUAUUGUUGAAGGAGAAGAGAUGAAAAAUCUGAAUUUCUUUUUCAGACGUUGGCGGCUAUUUGUUGAAGGAGAAGAUAGGGCAGCUUCAGAGGGAAAAAUAACCUAA